AACCCUUCCAAAAUCCCAAUUCGACCAUUUUUACUGGCAAAGCCGCAAAAAUGAGUCGUUUCCUCCGAAAAUCCGUCUUCCAUCUUCAACCUUCAAAACCCACCUGCUUCGGCCCAUCUCUCCGCCAGGCCCACCGGAAAGCCCAGAAACAACCGCCAAAACCACCGCCUCCACCAACACCACCAAAGCCGCCAAAAAAGGCGGAGAAGUUGACGGCGCCACACGGAGAAACAUGGGAGGAUCAGUACAGCUGGAUGUCGAAGCUGGACGAUAAGGUGGCAAUGAGACAUAUGGAUGUUUACAUGGAGCAAGAAGAGAAGUACACUGAAGCUGUCUUGUCUGAAACACAUAACCUUCAAAGCAAACUUCAGUCUGAAAUUGCUUCUCGCUUGCCGUACGACCUGUCGUCUCCCCCCUUUCGUUGGGGCCCCUGGCUGUAUUAUCGGCGGGUUGAAGAAGGGAAGCAAUUUCCAGUGCUAUGUCGUCGAUUGGCAAGUUUAAAUGAGGAGUUUAUUUCAAACAAGUCUCCUUUUUCCGGGUUUGAUUUCACGUCUGGAAAGAGGAUUGAACAGAAGUUGAUUGAUUACAAUCUGGAAGCUGAGAGAUUCGGAGGUUAUGCUUUUGAGGAAUUGUGUGAGGUGUCACCUGAUCACCGUUAUAUAGCCUACACUAUGUAUGACAAAGACAAUGAUUUUUUCAAGUUAUCUGUGAGGGACUUGAUUACUGGUUCUUUGUGUGAUAAGCCACAAGCUGAUUGGGUUUCAAAUGUGGCAUGGGCUAAGAAUGUGCAGUCUCUGUUUUAUGUUGUCACUGAUCACUACAAACGCCCUUGCAAGUUGUAUUGUAGCAUGCUUGGAUCAAAUGAUGAUGAUGUCUUGCUUCUUGAAGAGCCAAAGGAGAAUGUCUAUGUUAGCAUUCGACACACUAAAGAUUUUCAUUUUGUGACUGUAUAUAUAUUCUCAACUACGGGUUCAAAGGUAUUUUUGAUAGAUUCUGCCAAUCCUUUAUCGGGGAUGACAUUGGUUUGGGAUGGUGAGCCGUUUGUCCAUUGUGUUGUUGAGCAUCAUGGAGGAUACCUCUAUUUGUUCACAGAUGCUGCAAGGGAAGGACAGCCAGUUGAUAGUCAUUAUCUUCUUCGUUCACCUGUUGAUAUUGCUCCAGAUCAUAGAGUCUGGGAGACAGUAUUUGUUGAUGACCCAGAUAUGGUAAUUGUGGAUGUUGAUUUCAGUGACACACACUUGGUACUUAUAUUGAGAGAAGGCCAAACGUUAAGGCUAGGUGCGGUUCCUCUACCUUUGCCCAAUCAAAAGGAAGCAGUUCGUCUGGUGGAGCAUAAUCCACGUUUCCUUCCUUUGCCGAAGCAUAUUUGUGAAAUUUUACCUGGGCCGAAUUAUGAUUUCAACUCCUCCACAGUGCGCUUUACAGUUUCUUCUCCGCUGAUGCCGGAUGCUGUGGUUGAUUAUGAUCUUUUGAGUGGCAAGUGGAACAUUAUUCAGCAGCAAAAUCUGCUUCAUGAGAGGACACGGAUUCUCUAUGGAAAAGCCUCUACUUCAUAUGAUGACAAAUCACCACGUUCUAUUUAUUUCGACCCUGAGAAUGAUAAACCUACGAAUGAUGAAAAUAUUUGGAAUGACCUUUCUGAAUUUUAUGCUUGCGAACAACAUAACGUCUGUUCACAUGAUGGAGUCAUGAUACCAUUGACUGUCGUUUAUGCUCCCAGAAAUAAAACAGGAAAUCAGAACCCUGCAUUACUUCAUGGACAUGGAGCUUAUGGUGAACUGCUAGACAAACGCUGGCGCAGUGAACUGAAAAGUCUUCUUGAUCGUGGUUGGCUUAUUGCCUAUGCAGAUGUUAGAGGUGGAGGUGGCAGAGGUAAGAAGUGGCACCGUGAUGGGAGACGCAGUAUGAAGUUAAACUCCAUUCAAGACUUUCUUUGUUGUGGGAAAUUCAUGGUUGAGGAAAAUAUUGUGCAUGAGAACAAGCUUGCUGCCUGGGGUUAUAGUGCUGGAGGACUUUUAGUUGCUUCAGCUAUUAAUGCUUGUCCAGAGUUAUUCCGUGCUGCUGUAUUGAAGGUUCCAUUCUUGGAUCCAACAACAACCCUUAUGCGCCCUAUAUUACCCCUUACACCAGUUGAUUACGAGGAAUUUGGGUAUCCAUUUGAUAUUGAAGAUUUUGAAGCAAUGCAGAAAUACUCUCCUUACAAUAAUAUCAGAAACGACUUGGUUUAUCCUUCCGUCCUAAUUACCUCAUGUUUCAGCACAAGAUUUGGAGUAUGGGAAGCUGCAAAAUGGGCUGCACGUGUCCGAGAACGUACUAUUUACGACCCAGCUCGCCCUAUUCUGCUUAACCUAACAACUGAGAUAGUUGAAGAGAAUAGGUACUUGAAAAGUAAGGAGUUGGCCCUCGAAACUGCAUUCCUUUUGAAGAUGAUGGAGUCUUAGCUGUUCAUCUUGCUUCAUCAAAUUAAGUACUUGUAUUACUUACGGAGUAAUAUAGAGGCUCGAGUCAGCACAAAAUAGAACGGUCUCCUGAAGUUUUUGACCUUUUUUCAGGAAGACUGGCCGAAACCUGAACAUCUGAAGUAGAAGUGUCAGAGGAUUUCCUGCAUCAUUCAGCUACUUGGUUGUUUCAUGUGUUGCUCAAUACUUCCAUUGUACAUAUAAAAGUCCUAGUUAAUCCCUAAGGUUGGAUCAAAAAGUCCAAUCCCAAAUGCUUUCAUUCCAAAAUCACCCUCAAAAAAACUAUCCCAAGCACUAGCCAAGAAAAGUCUGAUCCAUGAUGGUGUUUUAUCAUUGCUGAGUUAGAAUUAUGCAUACAAAUGUACAAUCGUACGUUCGUGGCCCCAUUUCAUCAUUGUAACCCAAGCUAAUGUUAUUGAUCACUUAUGUGAUAGACGUAUAAGAGCUUUGGUAGUUCCAGAUUUUGUAAUUGGGCAAGUAUGAUUGGAUGAACAAAGUCUUCAAGCAACAUAAGGAGUCUUUUUGGAAAGAUGUUAUGAAUGAUUACAAUUCUCUUAUGGAGGAGUACUAUUUAUUAUGCAUUAUGUUCAAUUUUGUGAAAAGAUGAUCAGUCGGGGUU